CUCCUGCUCAGGUCGGUGCUUUCCUGAACCAUGUUUCCUUGGGAUUUUACGUUUGUUAGAAUUACGAGCUUCGUCCAUGGUUCGAUUGAAGAGGAAAUUGGAUUUGAGGGUGUCCCUCCUCAACAAUGACAGCCACUUUAGUUGAAUUUCCUACAAGUUUCCACAAAAAAGAGUGUUUUAGGAUCGUUAUUUCCACCAACAUGGAGGUUGACAUCGAUGAGAAGGAGCUUGCGGACAGAAUGGCGGCCGCGGAGGCAAUGUCUGCCUUGUCGUCUGUUGUGCGCGUCAAUCCUGGGGAUUCCCCAGCCUCGCCUCGGACUUCCAAAAGGAUUGCUAGCAGGGGAACGCGAGGUGGAGGCAGAGGUAGGGGUAGGAAAAUAAACCAAGGUGAUAAAAUGUCGAAUUCAGAAGCGAAAAAAUCUAGGUCACGUGCCAGGACAAAUCAUGACACGACAAAAAGCAGCGUGACGGAUACCGCCCGAAAUAAACCAAGUCGUGUUGCGUCCAAAUCGAAAGGGGGUGCACAGGAGCAAGCUCCUAAACGGUCACCGAGGAGAAAAUCGAAAUCAGGUCAGCCUGAGCCAGAAACGCCCACAAAGACAAGGACGAAGCGGAAAAAUACGAGUUCAGAAAGUAGUGAAAUGCCAGUGCUAGAACCCCAGGUUACAAAUGCAAGUAGCACUGUGUCAAAUAUUCCUAGUUUACCAAGUACAUUAUCUUUGACUUUACCCAGUUUGAACAUUCCAUCACUGGGCACACUGCCGACUCUCAGCAGCAUAUCAUUAUUUCAUACAGACUUAAACAGUGGCGACAGACAGAAACAGGACAAUAAGUCGCUGCCUUUCAAGAAGAGGAGGCUGAUUAAUAAUGAACACAGCGAAGAUAGCGAAGACCAGGAGAGUAAAACUGAGGGUGCUCAAACUCAAGAGCAAGGCCCUAACACGCCCUCACAGACCCCAAGUGUCCAGAUUGACCCGAGUCAGCACUUCCGGCUAUUCCAGGAAAUCCAGGCAGCAUUGACAGCGGAUGAGGAUGGGGAUGUUCCCUUGCAUCUGGCAGUGGUGCAUGAGCACAUCCCACUGGUGAACAAGUUUAUCCAGCUCAUGAAGAUCGCCAGGAAGAGUGUGGACCGCUUCAACAAAGACAAACAGACCCCGCUUCAUCUGGCAGUGAAGCUGAACUUCCUGGGGGGAGUCAAGGCUCUGCUAGAGGCUGGCGCCGAUGUCAACUUCGUGGACAAGACCGGCUGUACGUCCAUCCACCUGGCGGUGAAGCAUCAGCUGCCGGAGUGCCUCCAACUCCUGGUCAAUGGCACCAAGGAGAAGGCGGACUUCAAUACCAGGAACUUCGAAGGGUUAACUCCCCUGCACACAGCGGUGGAGCUCAGAAACAAGGACCUCCUGACAUAUAUCCUGGACCGUGGCGCUGACAUCAAUAUGAUGGAUGGCAAGAGUGGACGCACACCAAUGUUCCACGCGGCUGAGAACAAUGAAAUAGACAUGGUAGAGAUGCUUCUGAAGAGGGGAGCUAACCCUGACGUGUUGAACUACGCAGGCAGCACAGCCAUCAUGGCAGCUCAAGCCCGCAACUUCAAUCUGAUCACGAAGAUGCUGAGUCGGGCAUCGGAGUGGAAUGAUGAGGAGGGGAGUGGAACAUCGUCUCCAGCCUCGGAGGUCAGUGUGUACCUGCCUGACCCGGCAGUCGGGGUGUGGAAUCAUGCUGUUCCCCUCCGCAAUCCCGCAACCAAGCAGAAGGGCACCGCACAAACUGCCCCCGUGGCAACGUUUGUCCGAGCUUCCUCAUCACUGGCUGCUGACAAUGAAGUGAGCCUCACUCAGAGUAGUGCUGUGAAGCCUCCCGAAACUGUGCCCCGAGUAACCGUUGGCAACAGCAUCAUGGACAAGACAGCAGUGGUAAUGGAAAAGAGGCCAUCAGAAUUUAUAUCAAGGACAGUGUCCAGGUCCCCCGAGUUUAAUUCUGUGGUAGCAGAUGAGUUUAAGGGAAAAGAUCAGGAGAAAGGGAACAGUAAUAAAUUAGCUCAGCCUGUUGAGCGAACACCUAGUUUAAGAUCCACUGAAUUAAAUAUGGCUGACAUUUCCAAAUUGCCUCCACUGAUGGUGCGAGAUAUGAUGCAGAAAAUAUUGGCUGCAAAGCAGCAGAUGAAAUCCUCUUCCGGACCGGAGAGAAGAGGAAGUGGUUCAGUUCAAAAAACCGGUUCUGAUGUGAUUGUGUCGCGUUCCAAUUCAACAUUGUCCUUGACAAAAGUUCUGUCAACGGAUCAGAUUGUUACGUCAAGCCCAGAAACUGUGAUGUGUCAAACGCCUGCCACGUCACACCUGCCUGUGACAUCGCAUACAUCUGCGACGACUCAUCCAACGGUGACAGCUCAUCCGUCGGUGAUGUCUCGAAUGUCAGUCACUUCUCAAGUGCCUGUGAUGUGUCAUCCGUCUGUGACGUCUCAUCCAUCGGUGACUUCUCAGCGACCUGUGGCAUCGCGCUCCCCAGUUAUAUCUCAUGCAGGGAUGCCAAUAGUGACAUCUCACCCAAUUGUGACAUCUCACCCAAUUGUGACGUCUCACCCAAUCAUGACGUCUCAUCCAACCGGAAUGUCACACCCAGCUGUGACCUCACAUCAAAUCUCUCGUCAGAAUGUCACGCCAUCUCCACCAUCAUCUGUCACACCUCGACCCGAGUCGACAACAUCACGUCAUGUGGCCCCGUCAUCACAAAUGGUGGGAAAAGUGUCCCAAGUUAUUGAGAAGCUGCCACAGCAGCCUGAACGAAUUAUCAGCACUGGGAUGGUUGUAGAGCACCCAGAGUUUGGGCUUGUGUUUCGGCCAUUUAGUGCUGGACCUGUUCAUAAACUUAACCAGCCAGAGACAGCUCCCAAGUCACAUCCCCCUUCCCCAGCGAUGAGGCUUGCAGAACUGCCUGUGCAGCAGUCACAGAAUGUGUCUGAAAAAACUGCAGCUGAAAAAUCACUUAAGAAAACCAAAAGUCAGUCUGAUGGAAGUGCAACAGCAUCCGCAACAAAGAAGAUGGGCAAUGGAGACACACAAGUUACCUCCUCUAUACCUGACGCCAUUUCUUCAACAAAGGAACAACCUUCUCAUCCUGUCACAGAAACACUUCUUAAUUCAAAACCCAAAUCAACACCCAUUCCAAAAUCCAGACCGGAAAGUAGUUCUAAAUCCCAGUCUGUAUCUUCUACUGCAGAAACAAAUCCAGUGAAAUCAAUUGCUAAUUCAGCCAUAGCUGCCAAGUUGCGUCAACGAGUGCUGAAUUCACCACAUGUAGAUUCCGCAACAAAGGCAUUGGCAAAUGCCACAGUGACUGUUACCCCGACAACCCAGUCUAAUGAGACUGUAACGACUGCUCCGGAGCGGGUCCCGAAGUUGCCGCAAUUUAGUUCCCGUCCUCUCAGCAUUGCGCCCAAUUCCGCAGGUUCUUCCACAGAACCACGCAAGGUAGGGGUUUCCAAAAUACUGGAACAUCUGGCCAAACCAAUUGACAGUUACCCUACUGAACGGCCCAGGUUAAACAUCGAUGGAGGUAAACAAAACAUUGAUGGAGGUAAACAAAACAUUGAUGGGGGAAAGAAGACUGAAAAGAAGAAGAAAAAGGAUCCAGGUGGUUCCGAAAUGAAAAAGAAAACCGUAUUUAUCAAGAGGGAGAGCGAGGAAAAGAACAGCGCUCGGUGAGAUGGCCAAGUCAAUGUAAUGUGAGUGUUGUGUGGUGAUCAAGGAACAUGCUCUGUGCUUUGUAGGAGGCAAUUGAUGUGGAUGGUGGAUCUGAUUGGUGAUUUUUGGCAAAUUUGUAGAAAUCAUCUAGCCACAAGGUAUAGAGGUCUAUAGCAGACACCUUGAUUCUCAAGUCGAACCAGAUAUUGAGACGUAAAACCUGCAUGACUGGCAUGAAGGGCCACAGGUUUGUAGAUAUGAUGAAUGAGUGCUUUAAACAUAGAUGGAAAAGUAAAGUGGGCGUGACAGAGUGUUUCUGCAGUUUUGUCCUAGUAUUGUGGGAUGCAUUGUGUUUGACUCUGUGUUGCUUUGUGUUUGACAGUGUUGUUGUGUUGAACACAGUGUAGCUUUGUGUUGGACUCAGUGAGGCAUUCCCUUGGACAGUGUUACAUCGUGUUGGACACAGUGAUGCAUAGUGUUGAACAGUGUUGUUUAGUGUUGGACACAGUAAUGCAUUAUGUUUGACACAGUGAUGUAUGGUGUUGGACACAGUGAUGCAUUGUGUUGAACAGUGUUGUUUAGUGUUGGACACAGUAAUGCAUUGUGUUUGACACAGUGAUGUAUGGUGUUGGACACAGUAAUGCAUUGUGUUUGACACAGUAUUGCAUUGUUUUUGAGACAGUGAUGCAUUGUCUUUGACACUCUGUUGCUUGGUGUUGGACACAGUAAUUCAUUGUGUUGGACACAGUAAUGCAUUGUUUUUGACACAGUGAUGCAUUGUCUUUGACACUCUGUUACUUUGUGUUGGGCACAGUAAUGCAUUGUGUUCGACACAGUCAUGCAUCGUGUUGGACACAGGGAAGCAUUUUGUCGGACACAGGAAUGCAUUGUGUUGGACACAGUAAUGCAUUGUGUUGGACACAGUAAUGCAUUGUGCUGGACACAGUCAUGCAUCGUGUUGGACACAGUAAUGCAUUGUGUUGGACACAGGAAUGCAUUGUGUUGGACACAGUAAUGCAUUGUGUUGGACACAGUAAUGCAUCGUGUUGGACACAGGAAUGCAUCGUGUUGGACACAGGAAUGCAUCGUGUUGGACACAGGAAUGCAUUGUGUUGGACACAGUAAUGCAUCGUGUCGGACUCAGGAAUGCAUCGUGUUGGACACAGGAAUGCAUUGUGUUGCACACAGUAAUGCAUCGUGUUGGACACAGUAAUGCAUUGUGUUGGACACAGUAAUGCAUCGUGUUGGACACAGUAAUGCAUCGUGUUGGACACAGUAAUGCAUUGUGUUGGACACAGGAAUGCAUUGUGUUGGACACAGUGAUUUAUCAUGUUGGACAGUGAUGUAUUGUGUUAGAUACAGUUAUUUAGUGUGUUCGAAUGUGUAUACAUGGCAGAGGAUGAAUAUUUAUAAAAAUGGUGAACUGAAUUUGUGUUCAGGGAUAGGAUAUGACAUACAAAGGAGAGGGUGAAGAUAAUGUAGACUCAUUAUUGUUGUAUUUAUACAUGUAUCAUCUGCUCAUUAUAAAACCAGUCAUGGUGACAGAUAACCCAUUUAUCUUUUCAGUAGACCGAUAUUGCUGUAAUAUCACUGACUCGAGAUCCAAUGAUGUCGCUGUAAUAUUGCUGACUCGUGUCUCUGCUUUGUAGCUGUGAUAUUGCUGACUUGGGAUCCUUUGAUGUAGCUGUUAUAUUGCUGACUCAGGAUCCUGUGAUGUGUCUGUAAUAUUGCUGACUCAGGUUUUCAUGUAAUAUUGCCGACUCGGGAUCCUGUGAUAUGGCUGUAAUAUUGCUGACUACAAGACACAUUGAUAUAGUGGAAUAUUGCUGGCAAAUGUCUGAACACUGUUCACUUUGCCACCUUUUAUGCAUCAUUUUUUAUCAAUUACUCCUGUUAGCUACAAUCUAUGGUUUGUCUUGUAGCCUAGCUGUAGUGUCUAGAAAAUUAAUCAGACUUUAUCAAAUUACUUGUAAUCUAUUGGACUAUUAUUAUGAACAAAAUAGCCCAAAGUGCUAAUUUUUCUAAAUAUUAACAAAGGCACCUUUUCCGAAAUUUCUUCACAGCGAAGCUGUCUGUACUGUGGUGUCCUGACCUUCUGUGUUGUCCCAAUGUUACAAUCUAUCACAGACUGUAUUCUGUUUCUUCACAUUUCAUCUCACGUGUUGUUUUCAGUUGUUUUAAAGACAUGGCAUUUAUAUGUUUGUACUUGAUAAUGGCAGCACAAAUGGUACAAAUUUUCAUCAGUCAAUCUCAACAUCAUUUUCAUCAGCUGGUUCGUAUCCGAAUCUGUAGCUAACCUCAUCGAUGUGACACUGGCAUCGAAGGUGACAAUUGUUCAACAGAUUCAAUAUAAACAUUAUUUUACAGACCCCCUGAAUUUUUCCUGAUUGCAUGGAAUGGUCUAGACAUUGUAAAUAGUGCUGUGUUUGAGUGAGUAUGGAUUUAUGCCUCUUUCUGCAAUAUUUUAGCAAUGUUAUGGCGGGGAACACCAGCAAUGGGACCUGUGAAGAUCUGGGGUAGAAUAGGUCUUCAGCAACCCAUGCUUG